CCCGCAGAGGCGGCAGGCGGGGAGGAGAGGAAACGGGGGAGGGAGAGAGGGUGGAGGGGAAAGGAUAAAGGAUACAGAAAGGAAUAGAGGCAUAGGAGGCGUAGCGGCCCAUGGAAUAAUCUAAAGAGGAGGGGUCCGGCUAAUACAGUGCUGUCAAGGCCUGGGACCCGAAAUCUCCUUUCAAUCCUGAAAUCCUUUUUGGAAAUUUCCUGUAAUCACAUACGAGGUAACAGAAUAUCGGGCGCAGGAGCCGACUCAGGGCAGAGCAGCGGCACCCACGGCGGGGCAGGCUUUGUCACCCUAGCGAUUGGUACCCAGUGGCGGUCACACACUUGCGGUGACAGCGGACACACGGAAUCGGUCGCUUCUCUCUCUGACCAAAUGGUGGGAUUGGCGGGAUGCGUGGCAGGAGCCUGAAUGAGCCCUAUCCCGUAAUACUAAAGGAAUUCCCGCUGAUUUAUAGACAAUCUCUGGCUGCUGCUCCUACUAUGGCAGUGCCUGCAAAGUAUUCCGCUUGGCAGCUACAGCAUCUGCCCAGCACCGGGCGUUCUUCUUCCAUCUCUUCUCAGUAACAGAUCGCACGUAGAGGUCAUUGCUUCAAAGGGAUCGCUGGUCGCAUCUCUGUGUGGUGUGUUGGCUUCUGCUCAGUGCAUUCUAUUCGAUGUGUCAAUAGAAAACCUGCACAUGGUCACUGAGUGAUCAACAAGGAUCCAUAAAUAAUUCCCUGAGAACUGUUACUUCUUAGGACAAUCAGCAUCAAGUCCCACUGCAGUGAUGACCACACAUUGAAGGAUUUUUCUAAAAUCUGAAAAAUAUUGGGAACACUACAAUAUAACACUAAAAGAGUAAGAAUACAAGGAUAACACUCCAGCCAAGUCUUUUUCAAUACUUAUUUAUUUUAGAUUAUGUGGCUGAAUCAACACUAACAUUAGGCACUGACAACUGUUUACUGAUAUCCAGUGUGUCUGUAUCUUACCAUUCAUUGUGGUUUAGCAUCAGCACCAAGGUUUGUGGUCCCACUGGACUUUCAUGUAAGCAGAAGUCAUAAUCGAAAGAUCAUUCGGGGUUAGACAAAUCUUAUAUUUAUCUCUGUUAUUACUACAAAAAAGGAUAACACAACUGACCGGAUUUAUGAUCUGAAACAUGUAAGGUUGAAGACCAGAAGAAUAGUAACCAUGGUGGACAUUGCUGAAGGAGGUCAGGAGGUGAAGAGGACCUUUAUUGUCCCAGCCAUCAAGCCUUUUGACCACUAUGAUUUUAAUAGAGCUAAAGCGGCCUGCAAUCUGUCAUGGCUGGUGGCCAAAGCCUAUGGAGCAGAAAAUGUCCCCAAGGAGCUCCAGGAGCCGUUUUAUACUGACCAGUAUGACCAAGAGCACGUGAAACCUCCUGUUGUGAACCUGCUGCUCUCUGCAGAUUUGUACUGCAGGGCCGGAAGUCUAAUCUUAAAAAGCGACACAGCCAAACCUUUGCUGGGACAUGAUGCAGUUAUUCAAGCCCUGGCACAGCGUGGGCUCUAUGUCACUGACCAUGAAAAGCUGGUGACAGAGAGGGACUUAAGGAAAAAGCCCAUCCAAAUGAGUGCUCAUCUUGCAAUGAUUGACACACUUAUGAUGGCUUACACAAUAGAGAUGGUCAGCAUUGAGAAGGUUAUUGCCUGUGUGCAUAAAUAUUCUCCCUUCUUCCAAACUGCGGACCUGCCUUAUGAUAUUGAGGAUGCUGUCAUGUACUGGAUCAACAAGGUGAAUGGACAUCUGAAAAGCAUUCUUGAGCAGGAACAAAGAUUGAAAAUGCAACAGAACCUUGAUCCUAACACUACACAAAAGUCUUCUUCCAAAUGGUUUUGGAAACUGGUCCCUGCCCGGUACAGAAAAGAACAGAAUCUAUUCAAACAGCUUCCCUGUAUUCCGCUCAUGGAAAACAUCCUUAAAGAUGGAACUGAUGGCUGUGCAAUAUCUGCUCUUAUUCACUUUUAUUGCCCUGAGGUUAUCCGAUUGGAAGAUAUUUGCUUUAAGGAGUCCAUGUCCUUAGCAGACAGUCUGUAUAACCUGCAGAUGAUACAGGAAUUCUGCCAGGAGUAUCUGAAUGGAUGCUGCCAUUUUACCCUAGAAGACAUGCUGUAUGCAUCAUCCUCAGUUAAGACCAAUUACUUGGUGUUUAUGGCUGAAUUGUUCUGGUGGUUUGAAGUAGUGAAGCCCUCAUUUGUUCAACCGCGAGUUCUCAAUCCAAAUGUUGCAGCGCACAAAGUUAGGACUCCCUCCUCUGCUCCACAUCUGAACAGAAGAAACACCAUAGGAGCCUCAAGUAAUCCCAGAAAUCAACAACCAAUAUCUGAAUCAGUGGGACCAGCUGUUAUUCGAAGGUCAUCAUCUAUGUCAUAUGUAGAUGGUCAAGUUGGAACAUGGCCUAAAGAGAAAAGAUCAUCUGUCCAUGGUGUUUCCUUUGACAUUUCGUUUGAUAAAGAAGAUGGGAUGCAAGUUACAGCUCCGAGCAGACCAAUAAGCAGAUCCAUAAGUAAUGAAGGCUUUUCCCUCAACAUGGCUCGUGUGCCCAAGCACAUUCGCAAGAACCUAUCUUUCCAGCCUAUAAAUGGGCAGGGCAUUGAUGAAGAAUGGAGACAGAUGUUGCCAAACCAUAAUGUCACAUCUACUACAAGUGACCAUUGGGACUCAGAUGAUGGAGAACAAUAUAAGCGACACAAUGGCCCUGUUGAAAACCAAAUCGAAGUUGAUGAACUUGACAGUCAGGUAGAAGCUCCUACUAUAGAAGAAGCUCUAAAUAUUAUUCAUAACCCAGAAAAGACAUCUGUCUCUGGAAAUCAAACAAACAAUGGUUUUUACCUUCACAACCAUGAUAUCAAUUUAGGUCUGCAGUUGUCACAGCCUGGGCUUACAGAAGGUAAUUUUGACCUCUUUGAGGAGACAAAAGGUACACAAAGCCCAGUCACUGAUAAUACUGAAGUAGAUACUGGAAUUCAUGUUCCAUCAGAAGAUAUCCCAUUAACUAUGGAUGAAGACUCUUCCUUGAAAGACUAUACGGUUAGCUUAGAUUCUGACAUAGAGGACCCUUUAAAAAUUCACCAAGAAUAUGGCUCCCAGAUUGGCAGUGUUAGAGAGCCUGUUAGCCCUUGCCCAAGUUCAGUGAGUGGAAAAUCCCAAGCAGGAAGUACAGCAUCUUCUAGCUCUGGUAUAAAAAUGACCAGCUUUGCAGAGCAGAAGUUCAGAAAGUUAAACCAUGGUGAUGGUAGGAGUAGUGGAAGCAGCUCCCAGAAGACUACACCAGAGGGAUCUGAGCUAAAUAUUCCUCAGAUAGUAGCAUUUGGCCAAACGCCAGAUGACAAUACAGUUCUGCAAGGAAAGGACACUACACAGCUGUUAGCUUCAGAAAUGGUGCAGUUGAGGAUGAAACUGGAGGAAAAAAGAAGAGCCAUUGAGACACAGAAGAAGAAAGUAGAGGCAGCCUUUACUCGUCAGAGGCAAAAGAUGGGCAGAACUGCAUUCCUUACAGUGGUAAAGAAGAAGGGAGAUAUAAUAUCACCCCUUCGAGAAGAACCUGCAGGUGGUGAAAGUGAUAAAGCACCUGCUGAAUGUGAAGGUGACUCUUUGCGGAUCAGUGACCAUUUUGUAGACAAUGCAAAUGUAAAAUUAAAGGUAGACCCAAACCAAGCAAAAUGGCUAAUGUCUCCCACAACACCAGGAGAUCCUGAAAAGCCUUGGAAUUUAACAAGUCCCAGUGAAGAAAACAUGAGUGAAGGAGAUAUAUUGGAAUAUACAAAGUCUAUUGAAAAGCUGAAUUCUUCUUUGAAUUUUCUCCAGCAAGAAAUGCAGCGUUUGGCCCUGCAGCAGGGUAUGUUGAUGCAAAUGAGGGAAAAACAGGCAUGGGUCAUCUCACCACCCCAGCCCUCUCCACAAAAGCAGUUGCCACCACAAAACACAACUAAACAAACAACAAAGCCCUCUGUGACUUGGUCUCCAGCUCCUUGUUUUACUAUUGAAUCUCCUCGUUCAGCUCAUAGGUCACCACAAACAUCAGCAAAAAAGACAGUGUCAUUUCCAGCUAAAACCCAGAGAAUCCCUCGUCCCAAUGAUCUCAAAAUAGCACCUUUAAAUCGAACAUUGACUCCUCCUCAGUCUGUGGAUAGUCUUCCACGCCUCAGGCGGUUCUCCCCCAGCCAGACUCAGACAAGGUCAUUUGUAUAUUUUGGAGAUGAUAGGAAACCAACAACAGAUUCUCAAGAGGCUAAGGAGUCAGGUGUUGCAGAUGAAGUAUCCUCACAAGUUAAAUACAGAUCAGAUGAAGUUUCUGUGAAAGAAAAGUCAGAUGUGAUUUCAGAUAAACCUGCAGAAGUGAAAAUCAGACCCAUUGAAUCCACUGUGUCUGAGGUGCUGUCUCAACCCAUUAUAGAAACUGUGUGUGUCACACCCAAUGAUGAACAGUUCAGCCAUCGAAGCCUGUCUGCCUCCAAAACUGGUAGUCUUAUUGAAGUCCCACUUUCUAAGCUGCAGCCCUCAGAUGAGAAACCUGAGGAAAAUGAAUUGGAACCUGAUAAGGAGCAGAACAGUGAGGACCAGAAAGUCUGCUGUGGUUUCUUCUUCAAGGAUGACCGCCAGGAGGAAAAUGACAUGGCUGCAAAACGAGCAGCUUUGCUGGAGAAGAGACUGCGCAGGGAGAGAGAGGUUCAGCAACGGAAGCAGGAGCAAGAAGUAGAGCUAGAACACAAGAAAGAGGAGGCUAGGCGUAAAUCAGAAGAAGAACGUAGUAAGAAGGAAGAUGAAAAGGCCCGAAAAGAGUUUAUUAAACAGGAGUACCUGCGAAGGAAGCAGCUCAAACUUAUGGCCGAUAUGGACUCCAUUAUAAAACCUAGAGCCAACCUUGGCAAACCCAGAAAACCUCGCCCCAAAUCUAUUCACAGAGACCAUCAAUUGGAGUCCCCUAGAACCCCUGUGAGAGCUCCUCCAGUUUCCAGUCUGUCUUUGGCAUCUUUGAACACAGGAGACAAUGAAAGUGUGAAUUCUGACAAAAGAACACCAAGUCCUUUUAGGUCAGAAUCAGUAGAAGGAUAUCUCUCUCCUGGUCGUUGUGGGAGUCGUAAUGGUGAAAAAGAUUGGGAAAAUGCCUCUACUACUUCUUCAGUGGCUUCUGCAACCGAGUACACUGAUAUUGGCUCCAGGAUUGGGCACUAUAUUCUAGGUCCAAAACUUUACAAGGAGCCGAGUGCUAAAUCUAACAAAUACAUCAUCCAGAAUGCUCUCUCUCACUGCUGUUUGGCUGGGAAAGUGAAUGAAGGCCAGAAGAACAAGAUUUUAGAGGAAAUGGAAAAAUCCAAUGCCAACAACUUCCUAAUCCUCUUUCGCGAUGCUGGGUGCCAGUUUCGCUCUGUUUACACUUACUGUCAAGAGAUGGAGGAGAUUAACAAGCUGACAGGCAUUGGACCACGCUCUAUCUCAAGGAAGAUGAUCGAUGGUCUCUACAAGUAUAACUCCGACCGCAAGCAGUUCAGCCACAUACCUGCCAAAACCUUGUCGGCCAGUGUGGAUGCUGUGACCAUUCACAGCCACCUGUGGCAAGCUAAGAGACCUGUAACCCCUAAAAAACUCUUAUCCCCCAAGGCAUAGCUGGGCCCACUAAGGAUCAGCUAUUUUGCUCUUGAAAUAAAGCAGUUCUUUGUUGCCAAUGAGACAUUUAGAGCUCGAAACUAGACACUUAAACUGCUGUCUGUACACACAACUGGAAUGUAGGACAGUAACUACGAGGGCUUAUAUUAUGUGGGUGGGAAAGGAGAAGGGAUGGGGAUGGGAUUGGUUAUUUAUCACAAGACUUUGUGUUGAUGUGACUGGGAUGGGCUAUUGUGUGUUUACCUGAAUUCUAGGAACACAAGCAUUUUUUGACACUUAAGCACUGAUAUUUGUCCAUCUGUGGUGAGUAGAAUGACUUGACAUCUCUUGCCUUAUGUAUUAUUUUUUAUUCUGCAUUUGCGUACAUAUGUGAUGUUGAGUAAAUAUUAAGGGUGGAAGAUUUGUUAUUGUGGGGAAGGACAAUAUUAAGGGUUUUGCUGCCAUGGGGACCAGCAACUUAUGGCCUGGCAUACAUCAGCUUUUUGGCUGUAAUAAAAUUCUUAGGAGCAGCAGGCCAGCUUACCUCAGUAUGUACAAAGCCAGUAAGUGUGUGUUUGAGAGAAUCCUUUACAGAGAAUUAUUUUUUUUAGUUAUAUAAAAGAACUUAAGAAGUUAUUCAGGGAAUAAUGUAAGCACUAAAGUUCCCAUGAGUCUGACAUUCCCAGAAUGCAAAGUGUGAUUGUGCAGCUAGUAGUUAUUCAAUACUAAUUUAUGCUUGGACCUUAUUAUUUUACAUUACUGAUUUAGAAACCUCAUGAUGAACUGCUACUGUAGUGGGGUAUUUUCACCUUGAUAUCAAAGGAACUAUUUGUCAUGUUAUAUCAGCUAGCUAAAGCCUAAACGGUUUUCUGUCAUCACUCUACUGUCUGUUACAUGGCUGGCUGUGGUUAAACUAUAAUGGAACCCGACAAUGUCAUAGUGGAACAGGAACACUGAAUUCAUUCCAGUGAAAAAUAUUGGCAUCAGCAAAAAGCAAAAAGAGCCUCUGCAAGCAAGUCAUAGAGUUCCAAUGGGUAUGCACUUUUUAUAUAAAGGAAAGGAAAAGUAUGUUUAAUGUUGGUGCUUUAUUUGUUUUCUUUUAAAAGCUAAAUUGCUGUUUGUCUUAAAAGUAUUGCAUUGCAAAAUCUUUCAUGUUGAAAGUACAGAUUUCUUUUUAUACUGCAACAGCACAGGGGUCACAUCAUUUUAGGUAUGUUUUCUAACAUAUAAUUCAGAAAACAUCAAAUGAUUUUUGUUUUUCUUAAAGCAAAAUCAAUUUUGUAUAGGGAUUGGGUAAAACAGUGAUGAAGUUACAUGGUGUGUGGUAGUCUAAUCUUACACAGGUGAAUGUGCCCAGUAGAUAAUCUCUAAGGACAGAAAGCCCAACAUGGGGCAGUAGGUCAGUACUCACUUACAGACCUAGCUAGUAAUACUGUGCCCUAAAAAAUCACUGGCAGUAGUCCAGAUGAUAGCAGCCAUAGUAUGUCCAGAAGUAUAGGAAGAACACUCCAGUGGAUUUUCUGACGGCAAUACCCCUGCCACCUGUCCAAAGCAAGUAAAUCUAUUACAGCACUGGGUUCCGUAAGUUCACUGAUUCACUAAUAUUUAGUAGAAUAGUGACAUUUUUGCUUAGAGAAGCUAAUAAAGGACUUAUGUUCCAAAGAGGUUUUUACUUUUCAGAUAUAAAGCAGUUGGGUUCUUUUUUAGAAGGAUAAUCUCUCACUAAUCUUUUAUUAUUAGCUCACUGUGCUCUCAUGUUUGUUUACAAUCUAGUAGGUGUUCUGCAGUAAAGAAAAAAUGGAAAAAUCACCUAUAAAUGUUCUAGGUUCUUAGCUAUGCAGGUAUGAGACCUGUUAUCCAGAUUGCUCUGGCCUGGUUUUCCUGAUAAUGGAUCUUUCCAUUUGGAUCUCUAUUCCUUAUCUCUGCUAAAAAAUCAUUUAAAAAUGAAUGAUACCUUUUAGGAUUGUUUUGCCUCCAAUUAGAAUUAAUUAUAUCUUGGUCAAAUAGAAGGCAUUGUUUUAUUACUAUAGAGAAAAAGGAAAUCAAUUUUAAAAAUUAGAUUAUUAUAUUAGUGGUGGCCUUCCUGUAAUUUGGAGCUUUCUCGAAUGGGUUUCCGAAUAACGGAUCCCAUAGCUGUACUAGUAAAUAAGGACGUUUUUAACAAAGUUCUAGUGAUGUGGAUCUAAACUCACUGAACUGAGUAAAGUUUGUUUGUUUUUUUUAUUCCACAUAAAUACUGAAUGUAAAUGGGAAGAAGAUUACAGCCCUGGAAAGUUACGUGUAGCUUUUGUAUAAAAUACAGCAUAUCUGUGUUACAUUUAAGGGUAUGGCAAACAUAUUCUAAUUAGCCAUGAUAAAACAUGCAUGUUUCUGAUAUAAGCCCUUGUGAGUAGGGCCCUCCAGUUCUAUUUUUGUUAUGUGACCCUUGUUAUUGUAAAACCCUGUUAUAAGUUAUUGUAAAGCUCUACGUAACUUGCUGGCUCUAAAUAAAUAGAUGAUAAUCGUGGUGAUGAUUAUGCACCUACAGUGUUAGAAAAUAGCUGCCCUUGUGCUUGUAACAGCUGUUACCUCGCAAUCAGGUUGUUUGGGAUCAUACCGCUUGGCAUGUUCAGACUGCCAAUAAUAAAGCAGUCGGAAACUCUUACUGCUAUACUUACAUCUGGUGGACCAAAAAGGUGCCAAAGGCUUCAGUAGUCAGCAGCUGUUUUGACCACAAAGGGAACAGCAACUUAGAAGAAACUAGGAAGAAAUAGGAAAGGGCGUGAAGAAAGAAAGCACUGGGACUGGUAGGUAGUUUGUAAUGUGUAUUGGAAAUAUGUGUUUCAUCACAUGGAAUUGGAAAAUGUUUGCCUUCCAUGUUCUUUAAAAAUGAAAAAAGUCAGUGUUCCAAGAUGCCAUAGUUUUUUCUGGCAUGACAAAUAUGUCAAUCAGAUUUUAUUUUUUCUAACUUAUUCCUCUGGUUGGCUAACUUGAAAGCAACUCUAUAUACUUCUAGAUAAAGCAAUAACCCUUUCCAUUUUGAUAGCUCAGUAAUUGAGCAUGGACAGUUCAUUGCUUGGUAUGCACAUUGUAAGUUCAAUAAAUGCACUUGGACUAAUCAUUCCUGCCAAAAUAGCUUAAACUGCAACAUACACUAAAACACUCGAUUUGUAAAGUGUCCUGUUUGUAAAUUCACAUUUUUGAGCCUGUGCCAUAGUUUUCAUAGAAUAGUUCAUUGUUAAAAAAAAAAAAAAAAACUAUACUAAUUUAUAUUCUUCAUAGGAGAAUUAUCUUGUCUCCUGCACUAAAUCUUAGGUGGCUUGUGCAUUGAUAUGCGCUAAACAGUAUAAUCAAAUUUACAUUUGAUUAUUUGAAUGAAACCUAACAUAUAUUGAGAUCAAAUGUUGAUCAACUGUUUUUGUCUUUAGGACCAACAGAGAUUUGAUGCUGAAAGGCAACCUUUAUUUCAGCAGUUAGAAAAGUUAGGGUCUGUUCUCUUAAAGAGAGAUUUUUUGUGUGUUUGUUUUUUUAUUAAAGGAAUGUUCAGUAGUCGGAGGCAAUGAGAGAAUGUUUAAACCAGCAUUAAUGCAAUAUAUAUAUAAUAUAUAUUGUCAUUGAUAAUACCCAUUUUUGUCUACUUAGGUUUAUUCUUAGCCUGUGGGCUCCAAACCUAAAAUAUAUAGUUAUUAAAAUGAGAUCGAUAUUUUAAUUACAGACUGAAUUUAGGUCCCACUCAAAAAAAGAUGAAGAAAUCUAAUAUAAGAGAUUGCUAUGCACAAAUGGGAAAAAUGGGAAAUUUCAAAAGGGCUGUCCAAGUAAAAACUGCCUGUCUGGAUUUUAAAAUUAGGAUAUCCGGACAGGGCAAGAAUUGUGUGGCAACAAGCUAAUUACUGAUUACCACUUCAUAACUCCAACAUGAUAGCCCUGCCCCAAUGUCAUCCACUGUAAAAGAUGUAAAGUUUUCAAGGUGUGGCUAAAUCCAUCCUAUGCACCAACUCCCAUUUAAGGUGGGGCACUAUACAAGUUUCUUCUAAAACCUAGGCCUAUGUUUUUUGUAACGCUGCUGCAGAUGAGAAAUAGAUAGGACUAUGGUUUGUGACAAGGUUUGUGCAAAGUCUAGUAACCCAUAGCAACUACUUUAUAAGUAGCAUUUACAUGUCACUCUUAUUACAUUGCCUCCCAUAAAAUAAUUUUCCUGUGUCACAAGGUAUUUCUUAAGUAGAUGCUGCUUAUUCGUCAGACUUUUGCAUUCUGGGUAAUAUGCAGUUAAGUGGCUGAGUGACUCUACACUGUGCUUACCACACACACACAUAGAAAAACCUUAAGGACAGCUAUUUAGGGAAGUGAUAGAAAAUGAGUGAGUACUCACUGAAGCACUUAAGAUUUCAGUCUGCAUGCUGUCUGGUCGUUUUUUUAUGCUUGGCAUGAAUGUUAGGGACUUGUUAGCUAUUAAGGAAAAACAAAAUCGUGUUAUGAAUUGGAGUUUUUUUUUUUAAUGAUUUUCUUAGAAAUAGACACUGUGUCAGAUCGUGACUUAUUUGCACACAAUAUUUCUUCUCUGCUCCCUCGCUUUUGUACAUGAAUGAGACCUGCCAUAUUGCCUAGAUGUGUCCUGAAAUAUAUUCAUUAUAUAUUAUUAUAUAUAUUGACUAGGGGACACUGACAUCUAGAGCAAAGUCGCACUUGCACUCAGAAAUAUUACCCCUACAAUUAAUUUAAUUUCUAGAUACAGUUAUUCAUUCCCUGACUGCUAAUGCAUUGAAAUUGCCACUGCACUCAGGCUGGCAUCUGCCAUAGGCAACAUGUUUGCAAUUCAAAUGAAUGGGAAGUGGCAGAUGGCUUCAAGUAUUUUUUCUUUAACCGUGGUGUGUGCGUCGUGCCUUGUGGGAUUCUCAUAUAAACCAGUCAUAAAGGUCCUCUACAGUACAGAACCUAAGGGAGUCUAGGGAACUGCAUUACUGUCAUUAAUUCUUUUUUAGCAGCUUAACUAAUCCAAUUAUUAUGGCCUACUCUGGCCUUCAAACAAAUAUUCAGGCUCACACGGCCAUUGCACUCCAAAAUGGCCAUUGAAGACUAAUUAUAAAUGAUGGGUAAAAAUACCGGUGCUAUAAACUUGUAUUUAUUUGUCAUACUGAGACAUACAAUAGGAGUUUGUAUUUUAGCUACAGUUUUCUCUUAACCCUCCCCAAUUCCUAGCAUGAAGCUGUUGCUUCCCUGUGCAGGGAGGCAUAACAUAUUAUGGAAGAGGUGUGAAUGGAGAGUAUUAUUAUUUAAUUUGCUUUAUUGUGUAUCUGAUGGUCGGACAGGCUUUACAAGGCUCUUUCCAGCACAGGAUUAUCUCUCAUCUUGUAGUUUCUAAAUCAAGAGGAAAGAUAUAGAAAACAGUUACUCUGUAUAAACAAAUGUAUGGCAAAAAGUAUUAUGUUUUUGUUGUUUUUAUGUAUUGCAUUUUAAUCAUUUAGCAUUCUGAAGGAAUGAAUGUCAUUUUUUUAAGUAUUAAUUGUAAUUUCUGAAAUGUUUAGGUUCAAAUUAUUUUGGCAUUUUACAAAAAAAAGAAAAUAUCUGAAACAAAAUGCAAUCUACGUGGAUGGAUCCAUGGCAGCGAAGUAUUUGAACCCCCUUUUUUGGUUAUUAUUUAACUUGUAGAUGUAUUUUAACUUUCUUUUCUUCCUAAGAAUUUUUUGAUAAUGUUGCCGCCUGUAGAACAAACCUACAUUUCUGAAUGCCUGCAGGAUGUUUGCCUUUUAAUACUAUGUAUCUGUGUAAUAUCGCAUGCAUGUAAAUGAGAUCUGAAGCUCAAACCCAGGAAUUGGCAACCUGUGGCUUCCAUUGGCUGACAGCGAUGUAGAGAACAUCAGUUUAUCAAUAGCAGGUGAGCCAGCGGUUGAAUAUCCCUGCUCUCUCUUAUGUAAAGAUACUGUGUAUAUAGACAUGUAUGUAAAUAUAUAAAUAAAUAUACAUAUGAGGUCCAAGGCUCCUGCAUAUUGUAGCUGGGAACUUUCAUUACUGCAAGGCUAAAAGAAGCAGAAUCGUAUGAUAAUGUCAUUGGGGGUAUUUAUUUUGCCACAAAGUGUUUUUGCCUGUCUUCCACACCUUUUACUGCAGUAUUCUUUUUAUUGGUGGCUUCCUUCACCCAACAUUGAGCAUCACAUCAGCGCUUAAACAUGGGAGCAGGAAAAUGAGAUUAUCUUUACAUCACAAUAAUAGCAUGUAUCACCAGGAAGCAAGUGAUUCUCAAAAUGAGUAUUUUUUUGGUCCCUUAGAGAACUACUGCAGUCUGCAUACUGGGGUCAGAAAGCAGUGUCCCCAUUAUCUUCCAGACCUGAUUAAGCAAAUUAUAUAUGUAGUACGGUGUCCGUUUGCUAUUCAAAUACAGCAAAUAAAAGCAAAGAGGGAUCAUUGAGUUCUAUAGACAUGCAUGUAGCUCGGUGUUUUAUGUGUCGGUUGUGAAUGGCAGAAAGAGUUAAAUGACUUAACUCCAUUUGCCCACAGAAGCAUGUAUUUCCAUCCAAAUCAGAAAACCCAAUAUCCAGGAAUCCCUGAAAUUAGGGUCCUACUUAAAGAAAAUCUUAAAUUUUCCUCUGUAAUAAUUAGACCGUAACUUGUAGUGGAUAUGUUUUCUACCAUAAAUUCAUAUCAAUGUUAGAAAAAUCCAGUAUCUAUACUCGCAUAUAAAGCAAAUUAGAAACAUGUCUAUAGGACAACAGCAGGGAGGUCGCAACUUUUACAUUCUGUCACAUGGAGAAUUUCUGCAGUUUUUCAAUAUUUUGUUGACUGUGUAAAUAAUAAUUCCACUUUCACAUACAAAGAUUGCACUGCCUGGGAUCAUACUGCAGCAGUGAUAGGCGUUGCUUUAGCUUCAAGUGAAUGUAAUACUAAUGUUUACACUUGCCAAGAUAAAAGUUACCUAAAAUGAAAAAGGGUUUUACCAAUAAAGGAUUUUACCAUAUGUAUUGUCAAAUAAAAAUACCGCUGAUGUUUUUAUAAAAGAUUGCGAAUUUACAAGGAUUGUUAUAAUUGUGAGGGGGGAGGAAAUCUAAGUUCAUUUUACCAACACCCUUCCCUAUGUUUGUUUUUCAUUUCUAACAUUUACAUCUGACUGUUACACUUUUUACUCUAAAAUGUGUCCGUUUCAAAGCUAACGAGAGCGCUUCCAUUGCAGUGCGGUGAAGUAAAGUUGAUUCUUGUAUGAAAUAUUAUGUGCUUAAAGUUCAACUUUUUGUUUAGCAAUGCAACAUUUUUUAAGCUGUAUACAUUGUCAUUUUGCUAAUUUCUUGGUCAAGUGUAGUUAUCUGAAUAAAAGCAUGUCACAGGAA